GAGCUGUGUUCCUCUCGCCAUCGUUCUACAGUAUCUGUCAUGUUCGUGGUACCUUGGGCUCUCGGUUACAUGGUACUACCAGGUAUCGCUUACCUGGUGAGGACUUGGUACUGGCUGCAAGUGGCUCUUACGGUCCCCGCUCUUUACACUGUCUCUUACUUUUGGCUGCUCCCAGAAUCCCCCCGUUGGCUCCUGGCGAAGGGAAGACAUGGAGAUGCCCUCGACGUGUUCAAGUGGCUCGCAAAGAUCAACGGAAGAACUCUGCCACCUGACGAAGUACUCCUGCAAGCUCUCAAGAACUUAGCUACUUUGGACGACAAGGAGGAGCCGAAAGCGGACCAGGAGGCCAAGGAGGACCUCGCCGCCCGAGUCCUGACCGCCGUGAAGCAGUUCUUCGCCCUCGUGACCACCGCGGGCCUCAGGGGAAGGGCGGCCGUCGUCUUCUUCUGCUGGUUCGCCGGUUCGCUCAUCUACUACGGCGUCGCUCUCAACGCCACCAAUCUGAGCACCGACCCUUACCUGUACAUGUUCCUGGGCGGCCUGCUCGAGAUCCCCUCCUACGUGUCAUUGUGGCCUGCCAUUAUCUACCUCGGAAGGAAGAAGUCCCUUGUGGCGCUUUAUUUCGUGUGCGCAGUGUCUAUCUUCGCUGUUAUGGCUGUCCUGAUCGUGACUCCCGGAGAAACUGGCACUUUGAUGAUCUUCCUGUCCCUGUGUGGGAAGCUCGCCAUCACAGCAGCCUUCCAUCUGGCGUACAUCUUCACCGCCGAACUGUUCCCGACGACUUACCGCUCUCUCGCCGUGGGACAGGCCAACGUCUGCGCGAGAAUCGGGAGCACUUGUUCGCCUUAUAUCAAUGAUAUUUUGGGUGUGGUAACUGUAUGGGCGCCAUCCGCCGUGUUCGGAUCCUUAGCUCUGAUGGCUGCCGGUCUAGCUGCUUUACUCCCAGAGACCAAAGACUGCGACCUUCCCGAAACAAAUGAAAUCCCACGAAGUCGCCAAAGGAGGAAUUCGCAAGAUUCAGCCGAUUCUUUGGAAAUGAAAACUGGACUACCGAAUUGCAGCUUCGAGCCAGACAUCGACCAGAGCGAAACGAACACAGGGCGGUCGUGAUUUCGGUUUAGUCUCGUGUUGUAAAUUAUCUUUAACGGAGCGUAAAUAGAACGAGGUAACUGUGAUAGUUUUAAGUCAUUAAAAUUAUUUCAUGAAAGGGAAAGUAAGCAAGAUAAUGGAAAAAGCGAGAGGAUUUAACAACGAAAUACUGUGGGUCCGUUAUUGUACAAAUAUAUCAAGUGUCAUUAUUUAAAUAACCACACAUCCUAUAAAUACGUAUGUAUGCUUAUCAAAUCACCUUUGUGGCUGGACCACACUGGACUGUACUUAAAAAUAUUUUGUGUUAAAUCAGUGGCUCUGAAAACAUAAUGAAAAAUAAAGGUAAUAUGAGCCAAGGUUUAACUCUACUGUUUCGUCUUAGAAUGUUCAAACUGUACUUAUUUUUAAUUCUGUUUUUAAAAAAUUACAUUCCCACCUGCCCGUAUUUUUUAAACAGGCUCAAGGUAUCGGCUCGCAAAAGAGGGUAUUUUGUCUCAGGUUGGAAAAGUUAUUUCUGACCAUAAAGGCGAACUGAAGAUCCUCAUAUACAAAUAAAAUAAAUUGAAAGUGCCCUCGGGGAAAGUACAAGAAUUGAGAACGUAUAUAAUUUCUUUGAGUCAUUUUAGUGUCAAUGUAAGGAGACACGAGAAUAACACUUUUUUUUUGUAAUACCGAUAUGCAGUUGUACAUUCCUGCAUUCUGAACUUCAGGUAUCAUUUAAUCUUGCUGCGUUUGCGUUGUGUGAUAUCUUUUCGUUGUGGGUGAGUGUGUGCAUUUUUAGAGAAACCUUUGUUUAUUUUCCCUCAGAGUUCCUAAUAUUAGUUCCAAAACUUAGAAACUACUUACUGCUGUUGAUUAGUAAUUAGAUGUAAUUGGAUAAUAGUUUUUUAUAUAUCGUCGAGAACACAUAACAAAACGUUUUGUAUAUGAUAUGCUUAAUCUUGUUUUGCUUGUUCCUUUGUGAUUUUGUUAACAUUUUAAUAAAAGUACUACUGUCUGUGCAUGAUUUCUA